AUCCUAGCCAAUCCACCUUUAUCUGUCGGCUGCUAGAAAAUGGCUUGCGACAGAAACUUUCAACUCAAAGUAGCAUUUUUUGAACACUCAUUUGAUUUGACACGGUGACUGUCACAGCUACACAGCAAAGCUACCUGGUAUAUCAUGGCCUCGUUAUACAGGAACAUGUUAUGGUUCGCCAAAGGAAUGAAGGAAUACAGCAGAGGAGGAUUUCAAUCAGCUUGUCGUUCUUUCGACUUACUUGACUUGGAUGUUGACUGCACUGGCAAAGUCUUUAUGGUAACCGGUGCAACCGGGACGCUGGGACGAGUUGUGGUCAUGGAGCUGGCAAAAAAGGGGGGAAUUGUUCACGUCGUGUGCCAGCACAAGGACAGAGGAGAGUCCCUGAAAGAACUUGUUGCUGCUGCUACAAGUAAAGAGUGCAUUUAUAUUCACGUGGUGGACCUAUCAUCUGUGCAAGAGGCAGCGAGCUUUGCAAAGUCGUUUGCAAAUACACAUUCUGCAUUAAAUGUGUUGGUAAACUGUGUGUCGGCAAUGAGCGAAGACCGUGAAAUCGGUGCCGAUGGUAUUGAAAAAACAUUUGCGACAAAUACUUUGGGCCUCCACUUACUGAUUUCGAACCUUGUGCCAUUACUGAAUGAGAGCUACGAGCCACGUGUGGUGAUUGUGACUUGCGGCUGUCUGCUGAUGCACAAGCUGAACCCCACCGACCUGCAGUUUGAGCAAAUGUUCCCAUAUGACGGCGUCGCCGCUUUUGCUCAAACAAAAAGGCAACAGGUGGUCAUGACAGAACACUACGCCGAGGCAUACCCGGGGAUUCAUUUCUCAGCCAUGCAUCCGGGAUGGUUGGAACCUAACGGCGUGAAAGCUGUUGUGCCCAAAGUGCUUGGGAAGAUAAAUGUCUCGUGUCGAACAGUGGAAGAGGCUGUAGAUACAGUACUUUGGUUGGCCAUAUCUCGUGCUGCGUUGAAGCAUUCAAGCGGAAUGUUUUUUCAAGACCGAAAGACAACCUGUCCACAUUUGCCACUUGGGAAAACAAAGACAAGCCUUGAAGAUGAAAAGUACUUCAUGAGGAGACUCCAUGACUUUGUCAAAGGGUUGAACCUGGAGUGAGCUUUGUUAAUGACGGUGAGCAGACAGGUAGGUCCGCUGCCCACUGCACCUGUGCAAUUUUAUCCAGCUUCAGGUCACAUGGGGAGGCGGAGGGUUUGAAAUGUGCCUUAGUGAUGCAGAUACUGUAUUUCGCAUACCUUCAUUUUUGUGACAUAAAGACAGAUAUGUCAGAACUGA